CCCAUAUCAACAAUGUCUGCGUCAGCUCGUCGAGUGCUUCCUCCUCCAAGUUACGUGCGGCGUAGUGGUAGAGCUCAUCAAGCGCCUCCUCCUCCAAGUUACAUGUGGUACCAAGGUUUGGAACGAAAAUGGGAACGAGUCAAUGAGCGUCGGAGAGAAGAUAGACAAAACGUCCAUUCUCUCACCCUCGCAACCUACAACGUGCUCUCUGACCAACAGGUCAGACUGAAUAGUCAACUGUACAGGCAUCUCCCUGAGCACAUACUUUCGUGGCGCUACAGAAGCCAACUUAUAGUCCAGGAAGUGGCAUUUUUCAACUCUGACGUUUUGUGUCUUCAGGAAGUCGACGAACGACACUACCAUCACUAUUUUGCACCCAUGUUGAAUGGUUAUGGAUAUACCGGUUGGUACGAGAAAAGGACUGGAGACAAACCCGACGGAUGCGCUAUAUUUUGGAAAUAUGACGUUUUUCAGCGCGCGCUAGCUAAAUCAGUUCGGUUCAGAGUCCCCGGAUGUGACGUGCUCGAUCGAGACAAUGUUGGUAUAAUAGUUAUUCUCAAAAUUAAACGGUCUGGUCUACCGCAUGAUUUUCCAAUUGCCAUAUGUGUUGCAACUACUCAUUUGUUAUUCAAUGAGAAACGUGGCGAUAUCAAGCUUGCCCAGCUCGUAUUACUAUUUACGGAAAUCAGUCGGGCAUGUGAACAGUUUAGACUACAGAAUCCUCGCCAUCAUGUCUUCCUGCUGUUCUGUGGAGACUUAAACAUUUGUCCCUUCUCUCCACUGUAUUCAUUCAUAACAACAGGAACGAUCCGUUAUCAAGGAAUGAAUCGGACGACAUUGUCUGGCCAACAACGGUCACAAGAAUUGCAAGGAGCUAUUGCAUCACAUUACCAACUAAGGUACCCAUUGCUUCCUGACUGGAUGAACAUCGAUCACAACUGCUGUUAUCGACCACAUCACUCUACACAUCACUCUACACAUCAGCAAAAAGCACGUCACUCCACGUCUGAGGAAGAUGCAGCUCGUGUUCUCGAUCUCAGACAUGGCUUUGGUUUUUCUAGUGCAUAUGCACACGUGACACCAACUAGACAACUCGAAAUGACAACGUUUCUUCUGAACGGAACAAAAAAUACCGUGGACUACAUUUUCUACACAUCGUCUCCUUUGAAUACUGAUAGGCAUCAUAGACCACACCCAAAGAUGGAACUAACGGACCGUCGUAGUCUCAUAUCAGGUGACUGUCUCAGAAUGAUCGGAGCUCUUCCUAAUAGUUUAAUGCCUUCAGACCACCAAGCAUUGCAAGCACGAUUUAAACUGUCUAUUCCAAGGAGACAUGACAGGACAGCUGUAAGAAGCAGAAGCGUCUAUUCGUAAGAAUUGUGUACAGUAACAGUACAGUGUGACAAACUUUACCAUGCAACAAGGCACACGUGCAAUGUAUGUAUGUAAAAUGGUAUGUUAAUACCUGGUAUCAAUAUCAGUAAUAAAUGUGAGUAUUAGUGCUAAUUGACG